AUUUUCUGCAUGUCUAUCUGUUCCCUACAAUUAUUGAUUAUAUAUUGAAACACACAUGCGUUCUCCAAAAUCCAGAUCAAAAAACAAUCACCAAUUCUUUAUAAUCAAAGAUUUUCUGAGCCCUCAUCAAUGGCACCAUCAGCUGCAAUGCUCAUACUUUCACAUCCUCUGAUUAGCCACAAAACGACAAAUCAGUCUCCAUCAUCGCCAGCCUUUAAGUCGAGACGUAUGUUCGAUCUUCUUUUGCCAUGGAAGAAAACAUCGGACAGUGAAGAGGUCGGUCUCGGUCGGAUAGUCUUUGGCGAUCCUGCUACACUUGAGAAGCGUUUCCAAGAAGCUCUUGAACUUAGCUGCUGGUAAUUUUUCACAAUGUCUAGUGAUAUCGUUUUUACUGGUUGCAUCUUCGUAAUUAU